AAACUAAGAAGAAAUACACAGCUGUAGAGAAUGAAUGGAGACUGGGACUGGGUGCCACCUGUUGGCUCCAGCAGAAACCUGAAUGGGAGUUCCCAUUCAAGCAAAGUGAAACAUAGAAAUUUGCCGGAUCACCAGCAUUAUCCAGAUAAAUCUGGACCACCGGUUGGAUCUCAGCGGGCUUCGUGCCCUGGGCGAACAGGUACCCCUCACCGGCGACAUCUCCGCUUGUCGUGGCAAUUACGAACCGAAGUUCGGAUGUGGAGACGUGAAACCCGCAGAAUUGUCAGCUAUCUCGACGGCGCGUCGGAUAUAAGCAACGUCGUGGACGUGACGGUAGGAAGCGACGGUGGCUUUGCAAAUAAGGGGAAGGGGAGUAAGCUCCCAAUGAGCGCGCCAUUUUCUUUCCCUCGCAGGUGGCGGGCUUGUCGGGUGGACUUUAGCAGACGACCGUUGGGCUCUGAUGGGCUGGCAAAGGGUCCGUCAGAUUUGAGAGCCCAUUAACUUCGGAUGGACUUUAUGAGGUUUUUUCAAUAAUUUUUCAAUUAAGCCCCAAGACUAUAAUUUUUUCAAUGAAGACCCUUAACCAUU